CCUCCCCCUACGCCGCAACUCCUGCAGGGUUCCAGCCAGCGAGCGUGCACGCGAGAAGACUGAUGUCGACGGGAGCGGGAGCGGGAGCGGAGCCGGAGACGGACGACGGCUACGAGUCCGUCUUCAACGUGGAGGCCUUCUCCGACAGGGAGCUGCGGGUAGAGGUUGUCGGCCGCGACGACGACGCGCCCGGUCCCGGCGCCAGCCGCAAGCGCCGCCGCGAGGAGGACAAAGGUGAUGAUGGAGAAGAUAUUGACUCAUCUCGUACUGUGACGAGUACACCGGUUUUGCGAGUUGAGACUAUUUAUGUCAGCUCGGCGAUUCUUGCUGCAAAAAGUAGUUUCUUUUACAAGCUUUUCUCAAAUGGCAUGAAAGAAUCUGGCCAGAGGCAGGCAACAGUCAGAAUUGCUGAUUCAGAGGAGAAAGCCUUCAUGGAGCUGUUACGCUUUAUGUAUAGUGGAAAGUUGACAACAACUGAGCCCACUCCUCUGGUUGAUAUAUUGAUGGCUGCUGACAAAUUUGAGGUCGUUUCCUGCAUGAAGCGUUGCGUUCAGCUUCUCAUGGUCCUGCCUAUGACUCCAGAAUCUGCAUUGAUGUGCCUUGAUCUCCCAUGUUCCAUUUCAAUGGUAGCAGACCUGACAGACGCAGCCAAGAAAUUCCUUGCCGAAAGGUACACGGAAUUCCUGUCAACAGAGUUCCAAGAUGAACUUAUGAGGAUGCCUCCUGCUGGGAUUGAGGCCAUCUUAUCAAGGAAUGACUUCGGGGUUGCUUCUGAGGUAGCUGUCUAUGACUUCGUCCUCAGGUGGGCCUGUUCACCUUGCUCAAAUUUUGAAGAAAGAAGGAACAUCUCGAGUUCUCGGUUACUUCCACUAGUGCGUCUUCGUAUGACCAAUGCUGCUUUUUAUUCUUGCCGCACUCUUAACUGGGCUGUGAAGCGUGAGCAGUGCCGCUCUCUGCGUAAACUGAAAACAAUACUCAGUCAGCCAUUCAGCUGGGAAGAGCAUGUCUUCUCCCUCUCGGCAUGCUGGCUUGGUCAUGUUGGUCUCAAUAUAGAGAUGGUACGAAACAAAGGGCCAGCAAGGACAGUACAUUUUGAGUUUGAGGCAAAGAGAAAGCCGUUAUUGCAGUUUGUGACCUGUUACACGGGCACCUUAACCAAGGACUGUCGGGGGGUUAUUGCAUCCAUGGGACGCCUUGGCAUUCCUUGGCCGGGGUUCGUUGCUGACGACAGCCCCUUCUUCAUCGACGACAUGCUCCAUCUGCGAGUUAAGCUCAAGAUAAUGCAGGGGCCCAAGUGAUGCCUGCGUCAACUGCUAGCUUGAUGGGCCUCGCUCGAGUCCCUUUUUGCUCUUUGUGAGCGAGGAGGAAACAUGAAGAAACCUGAACUUGAUGCUGGGGACUUCACCAUCUCACAUACUCUUGCCAGUAUCGAAUCUGUUAUGUCUGCAUGUGUGUGCUCUGCUAUACACCGAAGGUGCUCACCAGUUAAUGCUCUCUUUGUUGUAAGUUGCUAAUAUAUGUGUGGCUAAGGAGCUGACUGAUUUGAUGCAGUGGUAUCCUUAGAAUUUAUAUUAUGUGAUAAUCUGUUGA